CAGCACUUUCCUUUGUGGGAGCAGGGGUUCAGCUUUUAGUAGCCUGUUCGGCCCAUCCUAAUCCUCAGUCCCAGCCCAGUGACCAGAGCUCUACGGCCUGUGUUUGUCAUCCAGCACAGUGUCGAGCCUCAUCGUUGUCUCUCUCUGCUCCAUGUCUAUUUGAGUUUUGUGGAGUCUGAUCAGCCCCCAUGAGGUGCACGCUUCCCUUUCUUACCCAGCUGUUCCCAUGUCACUUAUGACUGAACCUUGAGAGACGUACUUGACGGAUAGUCGCUGUGGCUGUUUUGGUGUUUAAGUGUGAGAGAGUCUGUUUUUAUGGAUUCUGUCAGCAUUCAUUUGAGACUUACUGACUAGUGAAGUGCUGAAGAAAAUGGCUUCCUUUAAGCUGGAUUUUCUGCCAGAGAUGAUGGUGGACCAUUGCCGUUUGAGUUCCAGCUCAGCAACCAAGAAGAUGAAUGGGUCUCUGGACCACCCAGACCAGCCCGACAUUGAUGCUAUAAAGAUGUUUGUGGGUCAGAUCCCCCGGAUGUGGUCAGAGGAUCAGCUGCGUGAGCUGUUUGAGCCCUAUGGUGCAGUUUAUGAAAUCAAUGUUCUUCGGGACAGGAGUCAGAAUCCCGCACAGAGUAAAGGUUGUUGUUUUGUCACAUAUUACACCCGUAAAUCUGCAUUAGAAGCACAAAAUGCCCUUCACAACAUGAAGAUUCUUCCAGGGAUGCAUCAUCCCAUACAGAUGAAGCCUGCAGACAGUGAGAAAAACAAUGCGAUAGAAGACAGAAAGCUGUUUGUUGGAAUGGUUUCAAAGAAGUGCAAUGAGAAUGACAUAAGGAUCAUGUUUUCUCCAUACGGCCAAAUUGAGGAGUGCCGCAUACUGAGAGGCCCUGACGGACUGAGCCGUGGCUGUGCCUUCGUCACAUUCACAGCGAGACAGAUGGCCCAGUCUGCAAUCAAAUCCAUGCACCAGUCACAGACCAUGGAGGGCUGUUCUUCUCCUGUUGUAGUAAAGUUUGCAGACACGCAGAAGGAUAAAGAACAGAAACGUAUCACCCAACAGCUGCAGCAACAGAUGCAACAGCUCAAUGCUGCCUCCAUGUGGGGAAAUCUUACAGGACUGAACUCACUAGGGCCACAGUAUCUUGCACUUUAUUUGCAGCUUCUACAACAGUCUGCGUCCUCUGGAAAUCCACUCAACAAUCUCCAUCCAAUGUCAGGUCUGAAUGCCAUGCAGAAUUUGGCUGCAUUAGCGGCAGCAGCAAGUGCUACGCAGGCCACCCCCACAGGUAGUAGUGCUUUGACCACCUCCAGCUCCCCUCUCAGCGUCCUCACCAGCUCAGGUACGCUCUCCGGACAGCCCGCUCAAUCUGCCUGGGACGCCUACAAGGCAGGUUCCUCUCCCACCUCCAGUACUAGUUCUUCUGUGAACCCCAUGGCGUCUUUAGGUGCUCUUCAGUCUCUUGCUGCGGGUGCUGGAGCAGGUCUCAACAUGAGUUCCCUAGCAAGCAUGGCUGCUCUAAAUGGUGGUCUGGGCAGCGGAGGUCUCUUGAACGGCUCGGGCAGUGCUAUGGAGGCUCUGACUCAGGCAGCCUAUUCUGGGAUCCAGCAAUAUGCCGCUGCCGCUCUGCCCAGCCUCUACAGUCAGAGUUUACUGUCCCAGCAGAACGUUAGUGCCGCUGGCAGCCAGAAGGAAGCAAGUCCCAAUCAGAGCGCGGGCCCCGAAGGAGCAAACUUGUUCAUCUACCAUCUGCCACAAGAGUUUGGUGAUCAGGAUUUGCUGCAGAUGUUUAUGCCUUUCGGCAGUGUUAUCUCUGCCAAGGUCUUUAUUGACAAACAGACCAACCUUAGCAAGUGUUUUGGCUUUGUUAGUUACGACAAUCCAGUUUCGUCCCAGGCGGCCAUUCAGUCAAUGAACGGUUUCCAGAUUGGAAUGAAGCGGCUGAAGGUGCAACUUAAACGAUCCAAAAAUGACAGCAAGCCAUACUGAGUGAUUUUACUCUCAAAUGGACUUGGUUUGAAAAAAUUUUUCUGAUAUCUUCGUGCCCGUUUGUCAUCGUUUGCCUAGCAUGUCGAUGUGACGUCAAAAGUUCAUCGUCCAGUCCGUUGUCCUCUUCGCUUCUCUGACGCUUGAAAUUUCACACUUGACCUUUUUGUUAACUUUUGACGCUUAUUGAUUACUUUUGUUUGUUUCUUUGUGUGAUGUUCAUUUGUCAUUUGUGCUGCCAAUAGGGAGCGUUAGAAAGACUGCUAAAAGUGUAAAACGUUUCAUGAAAAUUGUUCUGAGCAAAGAGUCUAUUUUUCUAGAACGUACAAACACUAUAACCACUAGAUUUUUGCAGCUUUUAAUUUUUCAGAUUUUGUUCUUUACUGAUUUUUAUUGUUUUCCAGCAGUCUUCCUAGCGCUUCUGAUUGUACUCCUUUUUGGUUUUUGUUUUUCUUCUCAAAGCAGCCAUUCAGUUUGUAGAAUCACUUUUGUGUGUUCAAGUGUGGGUGUGUUUCCCUCUUUCUCUCACUUGUUAGUUCUAAACCUUUUAGAGGAUGUUUUCGUCACAUUUUGCUGAAAUUGAGGAUAAACUUUGUAAUUUUGUGUUAGGUUAGUUGGCAUGAUGUAAUUUUGGGAGUUUCUAUAAACAGUGACAUUACAAUAGACACUUGAAUUGCCUUUUUUUCUUCUUUGUGUGUCGAGCCAACACAGGCACACGUUUUUCAUUUCCUUAUUGUGUGAAAAUCAGGAUUAGUCUGAAAUAAUGCAUAGAAUGAGCAGAGUUGAAUAUCUUGUCACAGGUAAAUAUUAAGCAUGCAUGUUUUUUUGUAAGUGCACUGAAAUCCUCAGCAAAAUGUGAUCUAGUUCUGUUUCAAAAAUUCAAGAUGAAUAAAGUGGUGCCAAAAGUUUUGCAUGUUGCUGUUGGUUACAUUUACAGUAUGUUUCACAUCAUGCUUAUGGCUCGUGCUGCAAUGACGUGGUCUCAUUUUGAUGGUUUAAGAUUUAAAAAACAAUACGGUGUGUGUUUAGGUUAUGGGUUAAAGUGAGUUUUAACAAUGUAUUGUUCUAAAAAUUUAAGUAGGUUUCAAAUGAGUCCUUAGAGAUAAAUUGUGCCUACAGCAGCAAAAACACAUGCUCUUCUUAAUGUUGUUCAGUUAAUGAAAAUGUGUUACGACCUUAUAGCUGGUCUGUUUUACAGAGCUUGCAAGCAUUUUCUUUUUUCUUUCCCAUUCUGACAUCUGUACAAGUUGUGACGUUCUGGACUGAUUGGUAGAGCUCAACUGCAGCUUUGCCCCCUUAGCCUUUAGUUUACAGGCAUAUCUCCACAAAUGAAGAGCUACAUUUGGAAGUUUUUUUCUCUCUCUUUUUUUAAAAGAUGUAUUCUGACAGACUAAUCUAUUUGGGGGUUGAGGUGGUUAUUUUCUAUUUAGAUUUUAAGCUGCUGUUUUGUGAGUUUAAAUGUACUCUUUCCUGUGGGAUGUUUGUCAUUGCUGGUACAGAGUGAUUGUAUUUAACAUUUAAGAUUUGUACAGAUUUUUCUACUUCAUAAGUUGUUUCACAAUGUAAAUCCCAGUAAGUAGAAGCAUGAAGACAGUAACACCAUGACCAAACUUCAACCUGUACAAAGUAACCAAAAUGCAAACAAAAAUCAACUCCACAAAAAAGCCUUUAAAUAAAGAUGUUUUUUUUUUUAUUAGUUGUUUUGUCAUUUAAGUUGUGUGGUUUUCAUUGGAAGUGUAGAGAGUGCAGAAUUUAUUAAAUGUCUGAAACAAAUGUGUUGUAUAAGGUUGGUUAAGGAUUUCACGCUACUGUCUCUACAGAAAUAUAGCAUAAUGGACACCCACGAAGCAGGCAUCUGGUCGUUUAUCUUUAGUUUAUGUAUGAUUAAACUGUUUGAAAACAUUCACACACAUUGUGUCUGAAUUCAUUUUUUCUUAAUUUAAAGAUGCCAGAAAUGCACAUCAUGCUUCCGUUUUAAUUCAAAUGUGACUUUAGAGUUUUUCAAUCACAUAAUGACAAUUCAUGAUUUACUACUCAUUGUACUUAACCUACAUUUAAAUGAUUUAUCCUAGUCAGUACUAUAAAUAAAUAUGCAAUAGCUGCUGCUACAGUCAGAUUUGUUGUAAUUGGUUGAUUAUAUAUGCUAGCCAUAAAUCAGACAAAUGCAAUUUUUGUACACAAUUGUUCCAAGUUAUUUUUUGCUUGUAGAGUCCUGUAUUCAGCAAACUCAAAAAGCAUGAAAAAGUUGAGAGCUUUCAACAAAUGAAAACAAUUCAAAGUGCCAUUUACCCUUUACUGCCUCCUCUGGAAUAUUACAUUAAUGAAGAACUGUGACAAUUCAAACUUUACACCUGGUAAUCUUUUUUAAUGCACUUUCUUUUUUUAUCAUGGUACCAGCAGUUGUCACAUCAACAAGGUAGUCUUGUUUAUCAUUUUUAUAACACGUUAGGGAGGCCAUAUGUUUUAACUACACUGAAUGGCUCACGUUCCACAUCAGUAGGUAGAAAUGAGCUGAUUUACAAAA